AUCCCCCAACAUAUCAUUCUCCCGGCAUGACUUUACAAACUGUAAACUGCACUUUCCAUCUCUCUUGAUUCCCCCUCGCCCCUCCUCCCCCCCGCCGUUGUUUUACUACUCGAGUACACAUUCUCUCAUUGGCUAGCAAGUCAGACUACCUGGCCUAACCUUCCCACAUACACUCCUGGGCAUUAACUCCUCGUGCGACUCAGCCGUACGAAGUGGGGGGAAGAACCAAAAGGACUUUGCUUGCUUGCCCGCCUGCUAGCGGGGAAAUUUCCUAACUCAACGUGGAAAUAAGGUGUUUGUUUUCUGCACCUGCCACGGUGUCAAUCGCUCAAACUCAACUCAGCUCUCCAACGGUUGGCGGGAGGAGGGGUGGGGGGUUUUUGCUUUUUCUGUGAUAUUGUGGUAACUUGUUUCGAUCUUUCAGCUCUUAGGAGAAUGGUUAAAUUUACUGUAGGUGCAGCCUGAGGACGUGGGCGGGGUUGGAGCCCUUUCGUUUUCUCAAUUGAUUCAGGAUUUAUAACUUCCGCGCUUCCUGGUCUCCCUCCUCUCCUCCAUUAAUCCAUUCAUUCUGGUGCAACUGCCGGUUGAAAAGAAAAAAAAAAUACAUUAUGGCGUUCAGAAAACAACCCCCUCAAUGGCCAAAGGGCUGGCUGAUAACUCUCCGCCUAAUACAACUCAUCUCGGCGGUGGUGGUCGUCGGGAUCACCGGGUUUUUCACAUACCACUUGAUGAGGGAAGAUCUAGGCAUUCCACGCGAACUCGUCGUUCUAGACGUGAUAGUAUGAUGACCUCCCCCUACCCCCAUCUCCAUCUCCAUCUCCAUCCCCAUACACGCUAACCAACCCUGUCCCCAUAGGGUUCCAUUACAAUGUUAAACGUCCUCGUAUCCUUCAUCCUCCUCUGCUGCCGCUCCCUCCCGACGAUGCUGGUCCUGAUACCCGACAUCCUCAUCUCCAUACUCUGGGCUUUCGUGUUCGGCUACCUGGCACGCGCCUUGGGGAGCACAACGGUGACAGAGUGUUCGAGCGAAAACUUUGGAGACUACACCGUCGUCUGCCACCUUUACAAGGUCCUCCUCGCCUUCUCGGCGCUGGGUUGGAUAAUGCAUGUGGCCUCUUUUUGGCUCGCGUACAGUGUCAGGAGGAAAUCCAGACAUGAGUAUACCCCCGCCGGCGACGGUGCGGGGAUCGGACUUAUGGGGAUGGGCGGGAAUUCUGGGUAUAAGCCCGUUGGUGGGGGAGGGUCCGAGGCGGGGAAGGUGUCGACUGCGUAUAAACCGGAGGCGGGAGGUAGUUCGUAUUCUAGCGGGGGGAUGGGCACGAACCUGUUUCUUGGCUUAUGACACGAUGUCACGGUUGGGGUCACGACAAUUCUUUCUUUCUUUCUUUCUUUCCAUCAUUGCUGUCGACUGUAUUUAACCAACCCGGGGGUUCCGCGGUAGGAACCGGGAAAAGUCGGAAAAAAGAAAAAAAAUCAAGAGUGUAUAAACAAAAACCAAAUGGAGCAUCAACGUUAGUUAACCGGACCGUGAUACGAUGCGGGUAUGUAUAAUACCCACCGCAACCAGAAAUCCAUAAAACGAGGACAGACAUACAAUCACCGUACGGUUUCAGUUUCGGUAUCAUGCGCCCACGGUAGUCUAGUUAACAUUUGCGAUCGUGUAACCAUAGUGUUGAGGGAGAUCGAGAGAACGAGAUUCCCCACCGACCGAUUAACAAUUACCACAACUAUAUAAUAAUAUUAUUAUACUACCGAUUACCUAUUACUUCCAUCAUGGUCAAAGGCCCGCCUGCCGCCCGCCCGAGGUAAGGCAGGAAACGGAUUGGAAGGGGGAACACCCGUGAACAAACCGGCGAACCAACGAAAUAGAAAAUAAAAAACAGAAAAUAGGAAAAAAAACGAAUGAAGAGGAAAGAAAAGACUGCACGACUUCCAGCACUUGACCAGUAAUUUCUCUACAAAGAAAAGAAAGGGGAGGAGAAAAAAAAGAAAAGAAAAAAAAGAGGUCAACACCCUGGGGGGUUUUUUUUUUCUAAUCCGUGACUAUGCUCAUGACGGUGAUGAUGGUGACGAGAUGUGGAGGAAGAAAAGAGCGACAAAAGCGCCCCGGCACCAAUGUUUUUCCCUCCCUUUCGAAAAAAUAAAUAGAUAAAAUGAAAUGAAAAAUAUGAAUGUACAAAGAUUCAAUGUUGUAUGUGUCUGUCCGUCUGGAUGCAUGUGUGUAUGCAUGUGUGCGAUGGUGUAAUAAGUAUGAAACUAAAUGAUAUGAUACAAAUCCCCCAUCAAACAUUGGUUUAUGUAUGAUACCUAUCUAUUUAUCCUGCGCCUAUCCACUUCCGUCCGCGUCCGGCCGGGGGAGGGCAGGACAGCGAGGUCUCGAUCCGCUCAUCGAAAGUAGUAAUCGUAAUAGCUCAUUAGACUCCAAUUCGAAGAUCUCGCCGCUGCGCGCUUAUCCUUCUCUCUUUCUACCGCCUCGUACGAUGGUGGUGGGGGUGACUGACUCAAAUCCGUGGAUAACGGAGAGCCGGCCACCCCAAAUUCCUAUAAGGCGUGCGUUUCAAAGUUUGCUCCCGCGGGUGUGUGCACUCGCGGGGCGUAGGGCGCACACGGCUGGCUCGGGAACGGGAAGUCGACGGAAUAUGAUGGGUUCCGGGGCGUCAAGAGCGCGGUUGGUAACGGCGAUAUUGGCGGCGGUGGCGACAGUGGGAUUUGUCUGGCCUGCGGCCCUGACGGUGGGGAUGGUCCGGGAGGGACCAAUGGUGGACCGAGUCGC